AUGGAUUUCUCGCAUGUGAAUGGUAGAACCACAAAGGAUAACAACAAUACCUCCGUAAUGUCUAUAAAUCAAUUAUGUAAUACAGACACCGAUUAUCCUGACGAAAUAAAAGAAGCUGCUGCUGUCUUAGAAACAAUGAAACAAAAACCUGUCGUCACAUCAAGUAUAGAAUCAACAGAAUCAACGGAAUCAACAACAACAGAUUCCUCUUCACCUCCUUCACCUCUUGAACCAUCACAAAUAUCAUCUACCCAACCAACAGACGGUAGUUUCAUGUCUAGAAUAAACAAUAUAGGUCUUGUGCGAAAAACAAUGAAUGCUUACGAACAAGGCAAAGCAAAUUCACCUUUUAUAAAAUACACAACAGAAAUGGUCGAAUCUUCAGUAUCACUGAUAUCUAAACCUGUCAUCGAUAAAAUACCACAAUUAGCUCAGUUGGAUCAAUAUGCUUGUAAAGGGGAAUCACGUAAAAGAAGAGCGAGAGGUGAUGGUAGUGACCAUCCACGUAGUUCAUCGCCGUCUUAUCGUUCUCAAAGAAAUCAUCGAUCGUCUCA